ACCACCCAUUUUUACUUUCUCUACGUUACACGGACUCAGGGGGCGCUGUGCGCAGCUCCUUAUAUAUCGUCGGGGUGCUAGAUUUCAUGCGCAGCCACUGCAGCUUCACUCUGCUUUGGAGCCUUUCAUGAAGUUCGAUAGUGUGCCAUGGGCUGUGCCGCUUCGCUGCGCUUCGCCCCAUCGCGUCCGCGCUGCCGACGCUACUGCGUCAUGUGCAGGUACCUUCAAGAGUAAGCUUGUCCCAUAUAGAACUCUUGCCGAGGCUGGGCCUCUGCCGACGUUCGAAUAUGAAGCAUUACUUGUUGAGGCUGUUGAUGGGUUUAGAAACAAAGACGAGAUCUUACAUGUUGAUGGGGUAUCUUACUGCGUCGUCGGAACCCUCGUCUCAAGGGUUAAAAUUGCAAAACUCGGUCGUCCCGACUGCACAGGUCUGAGUGCUUUUAUAUGUCCAAGUUAAUUGGCACUGAGAGCAGAUCAGCGUCCACGAUAAAUGCGGCUAAUUCUCACUGGGGAUCA